AGUGAUUUUAAUAGUCCCAGUAACAAUCCACAAAAUGGGGAGAAGCUCCGUGACUACACAGGAGAGAAGAAAGUCCAAAAAUCAACUCAGGAGAGAGCGUGCAAAGCUACUGAAACAGCAGGACCUCACUUCUGCCACAAAGAGCAUCAGUUCUGCCAAAGUACUUCCAGGACAAGUCAGAGUUGAGGACACAACUGCUCCAGCUUCAUCAGCUGAAGAUGCUGAUACAGAUGAGAAGAAUGUGUUUCUAGAGGAGGCGUACAAGGAUAUAUUUGAGAAAUUCGAUCUUUCGAAAUUGCCCGAUACGGAGCAAGAGGAGGAUGAUAAGCAAAGGACUGACAAUGAGGUGAAAACAGAAAACCAUUUGCUCAUUGGAAGUGACGCUGAAGAAGAGGAUGAGGAUAGUGAUGAUGAAGGAAAGAGGCAAGGAAACGAGAAAAAAGAAGUAGUUAAAAGCGAUACAAAUAAUGAAGUUGAAACUUCUGUUGAAGACAGUAAUAAUCUAUCUAAGCGAAAGUUUAAGAAACUGUACUCGCUUCCUUUAGCUGUGCUCAAAGGCGAGUCCAAGUAUCCAGAACUUAUUGAGUGGAUGGAUGCCAACUCUCCAGAUCCACGGUUACACAUCUACUUGAAGACACUACCUAAUUCUGUAUCGAUACCCUCACAUUGGCAGUCGAAAAAAAGUUUUCUCUCUUCGAAAAGAGGAAUAGAAAGGCCUCCAUUUGAGCUACCAGAGUUUAUACGAAAUACAGGAAUAUUGGAGAUGAGAAAUACCGUUGAAGAAUCUGAAAACGAGCAAUCGACACUGAAGCAACGAAUGCGUGAACGUGUGCAGCCAAAAUCUGGACAACUAGACAUUGACUACAAUAAGCUACAUGACGCAUUUUUCAAGUAUCAAAAAAAGCCACCUUUGUUGAAGUUCGGGGAAUUGUAUACUGAGAGUACAAACAAUGAUGAUUUGGUUUUGAAGGAAAAGAUCUCGCACUUCAAAGUCGGGGUGCUUAGUCCGAAGUUGAAACAUGCAUUAGGUAUGGUUGACGAAAAAGGUACACUAAUCAAUCGUCUCCCUCCGUGGUACUACAAAAUGAAAGAGAUAGGACCACCACCGAGCUAUCCGUAUAUGAAGAUCAGCACUUCUGGUAAAAUCUCUUUUGACAAUCCGAACGAACUCAACAUCGGCCCACCUAUAACUACCGAGCAUUGGGGGAUGCUUGUGAACGACCUGGAUGCCUCCGGAGACGAUGAGCUAGACGAAAAGGAUUUUCAAGAAUCAAAUAGUAACACACAGGCUAACAACGGGUUUGACCGUACAAAAGGCGAUGUGCUUCUCACCGCCUUUGGCGAAGGCCCUGCCAGAAGCGCACCUUCUAUCGGCCAGAACUCUCAGGCUGCAAACGAUGGCAAACCGAAGCGGUUGUUCACCGUGCUCCAGAGUACCAGAGGCGGGAGCAACGACGGAGGCAACAACAAGAACAGCAUCUUUGGUUCCCAGACCACUUCUUAUAGAGUACCCCACUAAGUAAGAAAAACAAGGCUGUGUACGACAUGGAAAUUUUUUUCAGCUGAUGAAAAGUAGAAGGAGAAGAACACUUUGGCUUUGGUAUUUGUGUAGUUUUUAUAACCUGUAUAGUCAAUGCAAAAGUAAUAGUGCCACUUGUACACAUCAUGGGGAAGCGGUCACGUUUGGAGGAUGAUUCUGGCCCUCAGGAGGCAGAAAGCAGGAUAUCCAAGAGACUAAAGACUGAGAAAAGAGAAAAGAAGGAGAAAAAAGAUAAGAAAGAUAAGAAGGAGAAGAAAGACAAGAAGCAGAAAAAAGAGAAAAAGGAGAAGAAAGAAAAGAAGGAGACACAUGAGAAAGCCGAUGAAGUAGAG